AUGACGGAGUGUAUUGUUGACGACAGUACCAGUAGUCCUGUAGACAGUACCAGUAGUCCUGCAGACAGUACCAGUAGUCCUGUAGACAGUACCAGUAGUCCUGCAGACAGUACCAGUAGUCCUGUAGACAGUACCUGUAGUCCUGCAGACAGUACCAAUAGUCCUGCAGACAGUACCAGUAGUCCUGCAGACAGUACCAGUAGUCCUGCAGACAGUACCAGUAGUCCUGUAGACAGUACCAAUAGUCCUGCAGACAGUACCAAUAGUCCUGCAGACAGUACCAGUAGUCCUGCAGACAGUACCUGUAGUCCUGCAGACAGUACCAAUAGUCCUGCAGACAGUACCUGUAGUCCUGCAGACAGUACCAAUAGUCCUGCAGACAGUACCAAUAGUCCUGUAGACAGCACCAAUAGUCCUGCAGACAGUACCAGUAGUCCUGCAGACAGUACCAGUAGUCUUGCAGACAGUACCAGUAGUCCUGCAGACAGUACCAGUAGUCUUGCAGACAGUACCAGUAGUCCUGCAGACAGUACCAAUAGUCCUGCAGACAGUACCAAUAGUCCUGUAGACAGUACCAAUAGUCCUGCAGACAGUACCAGUAGUCCUGCAGACAGUACCUGUAGUCCUGCAGACAGUACCAGUAGUCCUGCAGACAGUACCAGUAGUCCUGCAGACAGUACCAGUAGUCCUGCAGACAGUACCAAUAGUCCUGCAGACAGUACCAGUAGUCCUGCAGACAGUACCAAUAGUCCUGCAGACAGUACCAGUAGUCCUACAGACAGUACCUGUAGUCCUGCAGACAGUACCAGUAGUCCUGUAGACAGUACCGGUAGUCCUGUAGACAGUACCAGUAGUCUUGUAGACAGUACCAGUAGUCUUGCAGACAGUACCUGUAGUCCUGCAGACAGUACCAAUAGUCUUGCAGACAGUACCUGUAGUCCUGCAGACAGUACCAAUAGUCCUGCAGACAGUACCAAUAGUCCUGCAGACAGUACCAGUAGUCCUACAGACAGUACCUGUAGUCCUGCAGACAGUACCAAUAGUCCUGCAGACAGUACCAAUAGUCCUGCAGACAGUACCAAUAGUCCUGCAGACAGUACCUGUAGUCUUGCAGACAGUACCUGUAGUCCUGCAGACAGUACCAAUAGUCCUGCAGACAGUACCAAUAGUCCUGCAGACAGUACCAGUAGUCCUGCAGACAGUACCAGUAGUCCUGCAGACAGUACCAGUAGUCCUACAGACAGUACCUGUAGUCCUGCAGACAGUACCUGUAGUCCUGCAGACAGUACCAAUAGUCCUGCAGACAGUACCAAUAGUCCUGCAGACAGUACCUGUAGUCUUGCAGACAGUACCUGUAGUCCUGCAGACAGUACCAAUAGUCCUGCAGACAGUACCAGUAGUCUUGUAGACAGUACCAGUAGUCCUGCAGACAGUACCAGUAGUCCUGCAGACAGUACCUGUAGUCCUGCAGACAGUACCAGUAGUCCUGUAGACAGUACCAGUAGUCCUACAGACAGUACCAGUAGUCCUGUAGACAGUACCGGUAGUCCUGCAGACAGUACCUGUAGUCCUGCAGACAGUACCAGUAGUCCUGUAGACAGUACCAGUAGUCCUGCAGACAGUACCAAUAGUCCUGUAGACAGUACCAGUAGUCCUGCAGACAGUACCAAUAGUCCUGCAGACAGUACCUGUAGUCCUGCAGACAGUACCAAUAGUCCUGCAGACAGUACCAAUAGUCCUGUAGACAGUACCAGUAGUCCUGUAGACAGUACCAGUAGUCCUGCAGACAGUACCAGUAGUCCUGCAGACAGUACCAGUAGUCCUGUAGACAGUACCAGUAGUCCUGUACACAGUACCAGUAGUCCUGUAAACAGUGCCAGUAGUCCUGUACACAGUACCAGUAGUCCUGUACACAGUACCAGUAGUCCUGUAAACAGUACCAGUAGUCCUGUAGACAGUACCAGUAGUCCUGCAGACAGUGCCAGUAGUCCUGCAGACAGUACCAGUAGUCCUGUAAACAGUACCAGUAGUCCUGUACACAGUACCAGUAGUCCUGUAAACAGUACCAGUAGUCCUGUACACAGUACCAGUAGUCCUGUUGACAGCUAA